GGGCUCACAGAGUAAUUCCCGGGAAUUUGCCCUAUUUGAAAGCCCUCAAUUCUUCGCGUAAUUUGAUUUCCCGCUCUGAAAACCCUAACUACCACUGAGACUAAGUUGAGCUGAGAAGAGAAGCUGGGAGCGAAUGGGGCAGAAGCAGCGUUCGAGUUCCGAUGCCGACAACGAAGUCAAGAAACGACGCCGUGUUGGUUUCUCAGGCGUUGAUUCUGGAGUUGAGGCCAAAGACUGCAUCACAAUCUAUCUAGUUUCAAGCAAGGAAGAAUUCGAUGCUCCAGAGAGUUUUGUCAUUCAUCCUGUGGAUCUGAAUAGCUUUUUUGAUGAUGAUGGGAAAAUUUAUGGCUAUGAGGGUUUGAAGAUUACCAUCUGGGUUAGCAGCAUAUCAUUUUAUGCAUAUGCUGAUAUUACAUUCCAGAGUUCAUCUGAUCGAGGCAAAGGGGUCACAGAUUUGAAAUCUGCUCUUCAGACAAUUUUUGCUGAGACUCUUGUUGAUAGCAAGGAUGAAUUCCUUCAGAAAUAUUUGGUGGAUAACGACUUUGUUAGAACAAACAUCUCAAAUGGAGAAGCUUUGAAGCACAAAGCUUUCCAGGGGAACAUUUCUGAUUAUAAUCCACAUACAGAUUCAUCUACUUCUACUGUUGAGGUUGUCCGUUUGGUGGCAGGCAACAUGACUACUGGACAACUUUACAGUCAUCUAAUACCCCUCACACUACUUCUCGUUGAUGGUAGCAGUCCUAUUGAUGUUACUGAUUCACAGUGGGAGCUGUAUGUUUUGUGUCAGAAGAAAACUGAUCCGCAGGGAGAGAUCCAAUGUAGGUUGAUUGGUUUUACUGCUGUUUAUCGAUUUUAUCACUAUCCUGAUGAUUCCCGAUUACGACUAAGCCAGAUACUGGUAUUACCUCCUUACCAGCACAAGGGUUAUGGUCGAUUCCUUCUAGAGGUGCUAUAUGAUGUUGCUAUAUCUGAAAAUGUUUUUGACUUCACGGUAGAAGAGCCAUUAGAUCACUUCCAACAUGUUCGUACUUGUGUUGACUCACUUCGCCUGCUUCAGUUUUACCCAAUUCAGAAUAUAGUUACUAAAGCUGUUUCACUUCUGAAGCAAGGAAAGUUAUCAAAGAAAGCAAAUUGUCCUCGACUUUUGCCACCUCCCAGCGCAAUUGAGGAUGUUAGGAAAAGUCUGAAAAUUAACAAGCAGCAGUUUCUCCAGUGUUGGGAGGUUUUGAUCUACAUUGGCCUUAAUCCUGUUGACAAGAACACGGAGAACUUUGUUAGUAUUAUUUUGAACCGUGUUAAGUAUGAUAUCUUAGGGAAAGAUUCUGGGACGUCUGGGAAGCAGCUUAUUGAAGUACCAAGUGAUGUUGAUCAGGAGAUGUCAUUUGUCAUGUUCAGAUCAGAAGCCAACGAAGCUAGUAGUGUGCAAAUGGAUGACAAUCAGGCUAAUCAAGAAGAGCAACUCCAGAGGUUAGUUCAGGAAAGGGUGAAAGAAAUUCAGUUGAUUGCGGAAAAGGUAACCCUGCAUCUUGGGAGCUCAGGGGUGGUGGUUAAUUAGAUUUGUCCUUAUAAAGAUGGCAUGGGAUGACAAGGUCAUGCAUCUAUGAUAUUGUGUGAUUGUUUUCUCGUGGACCUAUUAAGAGUUUGUUUUUCUGGACAAACACUCGGUAGUGUAUUUGGGUUCUUCUUCUAGGAUAUAUUUUAAGAUUCUCUUAUAGUAUUCUGUGAAGGAACCAGUGAUCUAUUAAGCUGUAAUUAACUGAGAUUAACCACAACAAAGUUGAUUGAGUGACAUUCAGUUGUUAUUGUCCA